AUGCUGAAAGAAUCAUCAGAGGAAGGAGAUACGAUCAUGAUACCGUGGACCAAUGUUGCCAUCGUUCCUCUUCAUUCGGUAGAGGCCGGCGAACGCUAUAAGGCAUGCCGGGUUGCCUAUCUGCUAGGAAACACACCAGUGAUAGGUUUCAUCCUUCCAGAUAUGCAACCCGUGGCAAAUGAAGACAAGCCAACUGUUGUUGUCCAUGGUAUUAUUGGAGGAAUCCCUGUGCCAUUCCACCUUCCCAAUGCUGAUCCAUGCAAAGACUCAGGCAUCAAGUGCCCACUCAAGAAGAAGUCUACAUAUAUUUACAGUGCAACACUCCCUGUCCUGCCAAUUUAUCCAAAGAUCAAGGUGGAUGUCAAAUGGGAGUUGAAGAGCUCAACUGGCAAGGAUUUCUUUUGCAUCCAAAUCUCAGCUUUGCUUGAAUGAGUAAUCUAUUUUGAAUGUUUUUACAUAUCAAGGCAUAGUGACAUUAGCUGCUUAUCCAAUAGUCCACGAAAUAUUGACUGUUUGUAUAUUAACCCUUCACUGCACCAUGUUCUUGAUGGAGAACAAACUGGAUUAAUCAUCAUAUAAUGGCAGGAGUCUCUGUGCGGGAAAUGUACGUUUGCUCCCAACUGGGAAUAUCUCAAAAGCAUUGGGUGUGUACCAUGGCCAAGUUUAUUUCAUCUCAAAUCCUAUAUUAUUUGCCAUACUACUUAUGUAUCUUAAAUUUUUGCUGAUUAUUAUAAGUUCUAGUGGUUUUAAUUAAAUUUAUUUUGCACAUUUUACUCAUUUCUCUCAUCUUGCCUAAACCCAAGCACUGCAAUAGAAUGACUUCAUUUUGGCAUUUUGAUGUUAGAUGCCUUCUUUUGGUGCCUUUAAGAAAGGACAUAUGAAAUUUUAAUGCUUUUUUUUUUUUUACCUAGGG